ACUAAUGUACAUGCCAAAAGAGGGCGUGGCAAAUCUCUAUGAUAUAGGCCUAUAUCUAUUUUAUAAAAGUUAAAACCAUAGUAAAUCAGGCAUUUCUAAAUAUCAUUUUAGGCAUGCCAUUUUUUGCAGCAAAAAUAUUUGUCUCUUAAAGCAAAAUAUAUUUUUGAUUUUUUGAAGGCUUUAGAGAAUUGAUCUACAUCCGGCAGACCGUACUAAUUGCCGGAUCUCGUGCGUGCGUAUAUCAUCAAUGCAGAGCCGAGGUGGAUAAUAAAUCACAGCCAAGACAAGUUUCACGUUCUCGAAAAAUUAGUGUCAUGGUUAGAGUCGAAGGUACUGUACUGGAAACUUUCACACAAGCGACGGAAAUUUGUAUUUGAUACAGCAAUUAACAAGAUUCUUCAGGAUAUUAUGCACGAGAACAAGUGAUCUAGUGUUAAUCUCCUUCAUUAGACGAAAGUGAUUGUGGACUAGACUAUGCAGAGGUAGACAGCCUAUCACAUGUGGCUCCAGAGUCAACUCAGCGCACUGACUGGGACCAUCCCAGCACCAAAGUGGAAGAAGGUCUGCAUUGCAGGGAUCUUCAUCCUUGUCAUCUUUGGUUACAUCGGCCCUUGGGUUAUCCAUCAUGGUAAGACCACACAGGUGACCAUUGAGUGCCUGGGGGCCAAGGUCACCCAGCUAGAGGAGCAGUAUGGCGCUUCAGGAGUGACAGUACUCCACGCUAACCGCAGUCCCGAACGUCCAAAGGUGCUAGCAGUGACAGGGAACGGGUACAUUGAGUUCAUUGUGGAUCAUGUGAAGCCAAACAAUCUAUACCUUAGAGGAGAUUCUUGGGUAUCUGAUGCACCAUACCGUCCACUCCUGCGCACCAAGAUUGAAGGGUACAAUGAUCAACGUGCGACCAUCAUCAACUACAAGAAGGGUGUUAUAGAACAUAUACAAUGUUAUUAUGUUCAAGAUUCGUGUGUGCAAGUUAAAGUGACCACACUGGCUCACAGGACAAGAGAAGCAAUAUUAUAUCAGGAAGUGGAAGUAGACAAUACAGCUUCUAUCCCUGUGACGUUGGUCGUUUCAAGAAAUGGCCCUAAUAAUUGGAAAGGAUCAGCAACAAGCAAUGAAAUCUUUGAAGUGAAUGGAAAAUCAAUUGACUAUGUGAUAUCCACAGGGAAAUUUCCUGCACCUUAUGUGAGGGACACGCAAGGGCAGCACUAUGUGGCAUUAGUGAUUGCAGCCACAGGGUUUGACAAAGUAGUAGAAGUAGCUCCGGGCACAAAAUACUCAAAGACAAUCAUUGCAAUUGCAAGAUUCUCUGAACCUGUGUUAGAUAUUCAUGCAGACACUGAUGUUCUUGCAAGUUUAACUGAUAAAACAGAAGAAGAGUUGUUUUCUUUGUUACAUCUUGACUUUCGGGACAUUUUGGAUGAACAUAUUAGUGUGUGGUCUAAGAGUAUGUGGAAUAGUAAACUACUUGUAGAACCUUUGCCAAGUGUAGAGGAAAACCCCCUUUCUCCGCACUUGACAUCUGAACUAGUCACUGCAACGUGUUACUAUAUUAUGACGUCAGUGAAAGCCCCUCUCUUGGUGCCUGGUCUUAGUAUACAGCAGAAGAAGGAAUUAGUGAGUGCCUUGCAGCGACCACAGUCGUGCUUUAAUGGGCAACCAACGUAUGAUAACCCAGAGCUUUGGAUGCAGCUUACAAAACCUCAGGAGCUACAUGAUCUGAUCUCACAUUGGAUGCACACAUUGUACAAACAUGGCUGCAGUUCUUUGUUAUCAGCUGGAGUGACGGGAGUUGCCCAGGCAAUGCUUCUCAGUGUCUUUUCUGCUCAAUUCACUGACAAGGAGCUUUCAUUUCAUGCAGAUCCUGCACACAUCAAAGGCAAGUUCCUCUUUGAGAACAUCCUGUACAACUCAUCCUUCCUGCAAAUCAAUGUGGAUCCAUCAGGUCCUGCUGAAAAUCAAAAGGUUACUCUUCAUGUCAGCCAUUACCAAAGUCAAGAUGAUAAAGUACGCCCUCUUUAUGCUUGUGGAUCAGGAUGCCUCCAGGCACUGCAGCUGACAGAAGAAGAUCAGAAGCUGGACCUGAAGUGGACAGAACCACAAACACCAUUUCUGUACUUGUCACAUGACCGAAAGCACCUUGAGUAUCUCCAGAAGAUCAUCCACAUUAAGAAACUCAGGUGGUUGGAUGAAAUACCCAUCAACAGUGCCGCCCAAGACCAUCAUGGUUUCCGAGUUCCGGUCAUCGUAUGGAUUGUUCUCAUCAGUCUCAUUAUAUGCUUUCAUGUUGUUCUUAUCAAAAUGAUUUGGAAUGAGUACUGUCGGGAUGGAUCACCGACCAAGCAGAAAUCAUCAAAAUUUAAUAUUAAACCAUAGCUGAAUGAAUAUUACAAUACAUUUGUGAUAAUCAGAAAAUGUCUAAUGUGAAUUUGUUUUUCAUUGAUAAUUUAAGUUAAAUUACCUCUUGAUGCUUAUCAUUCUACGAUAAAGCAUAAUAUCACAGACUUUCACUAAUGUCAUAGAGAAUAUGAAGAUAUCUUUUUACAAUAUAAAUCAUAAUAUGGCAACAGAUUGUUGCACAGUAAAUGUUCAAAUGUUUUGAUAUGUCAUGGUGCAAGAUUUCUGAAUUUACACUAGCUAGUAUAUUGAUAUUUAGAUUGUUUAUGAAUUAUAGUGUCAAUGGGUUAAUAAGGGAAAGAGUUGAGACCUGGAGUUGCCGGUCAUAAGGCUACCUAAAUGGAAUUUGACAGAGUAUGUGACUUGCUCUGAGACCAAGGCCGGUCUCAACUCCAUCCCUAGGUUUAUUUUCCUGAUUAAAAGCUAAAUUCUAAUCUAAAUUCAAUUUCUUCUCAAUACUUGAGUACUAACAUACUUGUCAGUGCCUUUGUUAGAUUUAGAAAAGAAUUUCAUGAGACUUCCAACUUGAAUAAUUAAUUCAUCUGGUAUAUUUUGUGUGGGGUGUAGUAACAUACUUGUGUAUGCAAUUCAAAAAACCCUUUAAAGAAGUUUGAAUAUUGAACUUUGGUCAGUUACUUAUCACUGUAUGCCAUGAUUUACAUGUACCGGUAAUAAAUUAUUUUGGUUAUGCCUCCCCCGCCGUAUAUGAAUGCCAUAGUCAUGUUUAUGAUUCAUCCAUCUGCACCGUCACUCUAUUCCGGAUUUUGUCACACUGACUUAAAAAAAUUAUUAGAUGGAUCAGAUUUCAAAUCCGGUUCAUGUAUGCAAAUAGGAGCUCGAGGAAGGGAAAUAAUAUUAGAUUUUGGGGUCUGACUCAGGCCUAUGAAUACAUGAAAAUGGUUAUUAUACUCAUAACUAAAGCAUAAAUAUUUUCAAAUGUGGCCAAAUAUAUGAAUAUGAGUCAUCCAUAAUUGACUUGUUUAUUUAUAGGUCCAAUGAGCAAAUAAAAUAAUGCUCAAUAUGGAAGUGACAAUCUGAUCUGGUGCUUGUUUCAUAAAGCUGUUUGUGAAGUUUUAUUUACUACUGGAACAUGUUGUUAGGUUCUACAUAUGUCAGUCAGCUAUAUUGGGAUCAUGGAGCACUAGAAAGGGUCACAUGUUGUGCAAAAAGUUAUUCAUAACUUCCGAACAGCCUUAUAAAACACCUACCAGAUUUUUUGUUGUAGUUCUUUUUUUUUAAGUUUUAGAAAUUAAAUAUGUAAUAUUUUUUCAGACCAGUCAGUGGGGUAUUAUAAUUAGGGGAGGCAUAAACUCCUACAUGUACAUGCAGUUGAGAAUUCAUCUAGUUUUGCUGAGCUUCAUAGUCAAAACAGCAUACAUGUACAACUGCACUACUUAAUAGCAUUUAAUAUUGCAUGACCUUUGUUUUGAUACAAGACAUGAUGUGAUUUUGGAAGCUAUCACAAAUCUGUGAAGCAUAUGAAAGGAUUACAUGUACUUGAUACUAAAAUCAAAAGUCUUUGUACAUAACUUAUUUCUUAUUGUCAUCCAAAUCUUUUUUGGUUAUAAAAAAAGGAAUAUAUGUUAUAUAUUUUGCAAGUUUUUAAAACUUUGAAACUUGUGUUUUGUGCCUGGAAAUGUGUGUAAUGGCAAUAUACAAUUUUGUGAAAAUUGUGAAACUCUUGGAGGCGACUUCUUUAAUUAUUGAGUGAUGCUUAUUUAUAUUUUUUAAUGAUUUCUUCAUAAAAUAUAGAGCUGUCAGCUGCAUGGAAUAAAUAUAUUGAUUUGCUAUGUGGUAACCAUACGGUGGCUGUGCAUCGAUAGGUGCUAGAGCAUUUAAAAGUACAGGGGUGCCAGGUGAUGUCAAUGUGAUUUAAUUUUUGUCAAGAAAAAAUUUGAAAUAUUAUUUAGUUACAACCUAUCUCUCUUUUCAAUGCUCCCUUUCUUUUAUUUUUCCUCUUCCCUUUUCUCUUCCCCCUACAGGCCAGGUGUACCCUUUUUUAUUUUUAUCAAGAGAAAAUUAUAGGGGGUAUCCCUUGACCCCCCCCCCCCCUUUAACCAUGGCACCACCCCCAUUAUAUUUUUUGCACAAUACAGAUAAAACUUUUGAUUUGCGUGCUAGACAAUUGAUUUAAAAAAAAAAAGAUUGACUAUAGUGCAAUUUAGUGAAAUAUUGAAUUAUAAUUUAUGGAUGUAGACAUGUAGAUGUGAUUAUGUAUUUAAUGUGUAUAUGAUUCCUUAUUUCACAGCAGAUUUAUUGAGAGAGAAAACAAAGUAGAGAAUUAUACUAGAUUUUGUUUGUUUACCAGUUGCAUGUUUAGUGUAAAUGCUCUCAAGAUAAUAAUUAGUUUGAUGUAUUAUACAGUAUGUAACACAUUUCUGCAAGGAAAAAAUACCAAAGCAAGUUUAUACAAAUGUCUAAAGCAUUACAAUAGGAUUGAUUGCUUAUAGACAUGUAUGAGAAGAGACUGUUUUUCAUGAAGCCCAUGUCAAUUUUAGAUGUAACUAUUCAAGUAAACCUAGGCACACCACAUCCAAAGCCAGCUUGGUAUUCUGUUUGCAUUAUCUCAAAAUCCUUCUAAGCCAGGCAGUGGUUUGUUAUUUUCGCAUAGAAGGUGUUUGUGGUGGAAUAAUGAUUUCCUUUGAUAUUACUUUGAUCUGUUUCUGUUUGUGUAUGUGGCUUUGACUUCACCACAUUGAUACAUUUGAAGACUUAUUGUAUGUCAUGUCUGAUCUGCCCUAGCGCAUGAAUCCUAAUUUACUCUUUCAGUUUGGUGUGUACUCAGAAGUAGUCAAAUAAGGAUGGAAAGUGUAAUGUUUAUUGGAUGACAGUCUCUUCAGUAUCCCAUUGCUUUUGCACAUGAAACUCCACCUUCACAUUUUUUGAUUGCUUUAAAGCUUUUAUGGUCUUAAAUUUAAUGAUCUAGCUUGCACACUUUCACUUUAUACUCCUCAAUUAUGUUAUUAAUCUUAGAGCUGCUAUGCCAUCAGACAUGUAUUAUCAUUUGAGACACAUGAUAUAAUUUUCAGAAUGAAAAUUCGUGGCUCAGAACUAUCAAUAAUCAUAUACAUUAACUUUGUGUUUUUGAAGAUAAGCUUAUGCAGUGAAUUGAUAGGAGUCCAUGAACAUGGAAUAUUUUACACUAUGCACUGAAAGAUUUGGGGUAUAAUGUAGGAGUAUGGGGGUUGUUUUAGCUCAUAGGGCUUGUAGGGCCAGAUGAGCGCAUGCUGUGGCAUUACAUCCAUCGUCCAUCUGUCCGUCCACAAUUUCAUAAUGCUGCUUCGUCAUCAUUUCAUGUCAGAUUUUAAUUCUCUUUGCUUAAUAUGAAAGCACUAGGUGGGGAUUCAAACCUACACCAAAUUUUUAAACUGAUUUAUGCACAUUUUUCUUUUAACCCCCCCCCCCCCAAAAAAAAAAAAAAUGCUUCUUUAUUUGUUGACUUAUUUUGAUUUUUUUCUAGUUUCCUCUGGUAUAGCUACAUUACGUUUUACACACAAUUCUGAAAUUAUAAGUGAAAUAUUGGCACUUUCUUAAUUUAUGUUACCAUUAUAUAUAAAAAAAAAAGUUUGUUUAUCCCCUACAAUGUCAACUGGGCUAGAAUUAACUAAGCAUUGCAUUAAUUUUCUUGAAAGAUGUUGGAUGAGUACCACAUAAUUGAUCUGCUAGUUUUGUUGUUUCUAUCCUGUAGUAACUUGUUUGAAUUCAUCAAUGUUGCAGUUUACAUAAUUUUGGAAUGUUUUCUUGUAACUUUCCAGUGAGUAGGGAGUUACCCUGAGGUAGGAGUUAAUAGGUUAUAUUGGUCAUAUUUAUUUACAUUUAGCAACUAUUAUUUGCGAAAAAUAUUGUGAUAAAUAAGAGGAUCGAGUAUUCAACAGUACAUAUUCAUGUUAGUGUAUGUUGAUAGUGUCAUUGAAAAUUCAUCAAUCAGUCAAUUCAACUUCUUGCACAAGCCAUCAAAUUUGUAAUGUGUAAUUUAAACAAAUGUCCCCAGUUCAAACAUCAUCAUGGGAAAAAAGUGGCCACAUCUGCAUGGUUGGGCAAGGUUUAAUCAAAUUUACUUCCCCAUCUCUGUGCAUCUUUUGCAUUAUUUUAUCUGCAUGGCCAAACAGUCCAAGCUUCAAGGAAGCAUGUACUAACAUUUAUUUGUGUUAUGUGUAUUUCAGAAUGUAAGUCGUGGUUAAUAAAUUCCUUUAAUUUCAAAACAUAUUUAAGUAAAAUGCAAUGUUUUCCUUUCCAAAUAUCCCUGUUAUAUCAAUGUACGAUUCUUAGUUAUUCUUGUAUAUCUAGUAAUUACUCAAAAGUUUGUUAUACAGUAUAUUUUGGUUGUGCUAUAAAAUAUUACGUAAGAUUUUUAUUAGUAGUAAUUUAGAUCUUUAUAUACAAGUUGUGUUUAUCUCCUCGUUGCACACUUGCACCCAUGAUUGUGAGCUCAUUGAUAUAUUUGCUGUAAUAUAUUACAUUUUUUAUUUUUGCUUGUUUAUUUAGUUUGUCUCUUAUUUAGUUUCUCACUUAUCACAAUAUAGGAGUGUGCCCUUAUUGGUGGGAAUGUUCUCAUUGAAAAUUAUCUAUUAGGAGGCCGAGUGAUAUAUGUUUUCAUGCUAAGGAUGUACAUUCACAUAUAUAGAGUUUACUGAACAUUGGUUUUCAUACAUGAAUUUAAAAAUCAAGGAAAUCUGCAAUUAAUUGGUUUGAGUUUAGGUAAAAUUAAAGAAAAAAAUGUCACCCAAACUGAUUUACAUGUAAUAGCAUCAAUUUGAUUUGAAAAGAUGGAGUUAAAUCAAACAAACAUUCAAAACUUCCCAUCAAAAUCAAAUGGAAAAUAAGAAAUUUAUGCACUGUAAAAUGCUGUUAAAAAUGUUAAGCAACGCUGUUUAAGCUCGACACUCUAACAACUAUUGUUUAAACUUUUAAACAAGUUGUUUUAAAAAGUUUAUGCAAUAGUUGUUAGAGUGACAGGCUUUACAGCAUUGCUGAACAUUUUAGGUGUUUUUACAGUGUGGGAUGUUCAAAUUUGCAUUUCUUUUUUUACAUGAAAAUGAUAGCUAAUAAAUAUGUGUUGUUGAGGCUAU